AUGGUGCCUUUUGAAAGUGAAAGAGAAAUAAUGCCAGAGACAGUUAACGAAUCUACUCCACUUUUAUCUAAUAACGAAACCUCAAAUCGUUCGAUAAUAAAAAAUCCUUGGUAUAAAACUCCUUCAUCGCAUUGGGCGCUAUUUUUAUGUGCUGCGAAUGCUUUUUCAUUUGGAUUAAUAAUUACAUCAAGA